AUGUUUAGAAACGCUGCUUUGAAGGCCACCCACAGCGGUCUGCUGCGUGGUGCGACCUCAACAUGCCGUCGAUCCGUCCACCUGGCCGCGAAGAGCUCGAACUUGGGCCUGGCUGCUCGCCGUCCUUUGGCUGUUGCCAACCGCGUCUUCAAUGGCGCUCGGCUCUAUGCUUCAUCCGCAGAGGCGGGAGUGGACCCCAAUGAUUCUUUCCUCUCCGGCAACACUGCCAACUACGUUGACGAGAUGUAUAUGGCCUGGAAGAAAGACCCUUCCAGCGUCCACAUCUCGUGGCAGACCUACUUCCGCAACAUGGAGGAUGGCAACAUGCCCAUCUCCCAGGCUUUCACUCCUCCUCCGACCAUCGUCCCUACCCCCACCGGUGGUGUUCCCCAGGACAUGCCUGGCGCUGGCAUAUCCGCUGGCACCGACGUCACCAACCACUUGAAGGUCCAGCUUCUUUGCCGUGCCUACCAGGCUCGUGGUCACCACAAGGCCAAGAUUGACCCUCUCGGCAUCCGUGGCGAUGCUGAGGCCUUCGGCUACAGCAAGCCCAAGGAGCUUGAGCUCGACCACUACGGUUUCACUGAGCGCGAUCUUGACCAGGAGUUCGCCCUCGGACCCGGUAUCCUGCCUCGCUUCCUGACCGAGGAGCGCAAGAAGAUGACUCUGCGCGAGAUCAUUGCCGCCUGCGAGAAGAUCUACUGUGGCUCCUACGGUGUCGAGUACAUCCACAUCCCCGACCGCAAGCCUUGCGAGUGGAUCCGCGACCGCUUCGAGAUCCCCGAGCCCUACAAGUACUCGGUUGACGACAAGCGCCGCAUCCUCGACCGUCUGAUCUGGAGUUCUAGCUUCGAGUCCUUCCUCGCCACCAAGUUCCCCAACGACAAGCGCUUCGGUCUCGAGGGUUGCGAGACUCUGGUCCCGGGUAUGAAGGCUUUGAUCGACCGCAGCGUUGAAUACGGUGUCAAGGACAUCGUCAUCGGUAUGCCUCACCGUGGUCGUCUGAACGUUCUGUCCAACGUCGUUCGCAAGCCCAACGAGUCCAUCUUCAGUGAGUUUGCCGGUUCCGCUGAGGCCUCUGAUGAAGGCUCCGGCGAUGUUAAGUACCACUUGGGUAUGAACUUCGAGCGUCCCACUCCCUCCGGUAAGCGUGUGCAGCUUUCUUUGGUCGCCAACCCCUCCCACUUGGAGGCUGAGGACCCCGUCGUGCUCGGCAAGACCCGUGCCAUUCAGCACUACAACAACGAUGAGACCAAAUUCGACAGCGCCAUGGGUGUUCUGCUCCACGGUGAUGCUGCCUUCGCCGCUCAGGGUGUCGUCUACGAGACUAUGGGCUUCGAGUCUCUUCCCGCCUACUCCACCGGUGGUACCAUCCACAUUGUCGUGAACAACCAAAUCGGUUUCACCACUGAUCCUCGAUUUGCCCGUUCCACUCCCUACUGCUCUGACAUUGCCAAGUCCAUCGACGCUCCCGUCUUCCACGUCAACGCUGACGAUGUUGAGGCUGUCAACUACGUUUGCCAGGUCGCUGCUGACUGGCGUGCCGAGUUCAAGCGUGACGUUGUCGUUGAUAUUGUCUGCUACCGUAAGCAGGGUCACAACGAGACUGAUCAGCCCUCGUUCACCCAGCCUCUGAUGUACAAGCGCAUUGCCAACCAGAAGGCUCAGCUUGACACCUACGUCGCCAAGCUGAUCGAGGAAGGCACCUUCACCAAGGAGGACAUCGAUGAGCACAAGAAGUGGGUAUGGGGCAUGCUCGGCGACAGCUUCGACCGCAGCAAGGACUACCAGCCUACCUCCAAGGAGUGGCUGACCUCCGCCUGGAACAACUUCAAGACCCCCAAGGAGCUGGCUACUGAGGUGCUCCCCCACCUUCCCACUGCCGUGGAUGCCAACUCCCUCAAGAACAUUGCCGACAAAGUCAGUGGUGCUGAUGUCCCCAAGGACUUCACCCUCCACAGGAACUUGAAGCGUAUUCUUGCCAACCGCAAGAAGUCGGUUGACGAGGGCAAGAACAUUGACUGGUCCACCGCCGAGGCUCUUGCCUUCGGUUCCCUCGUUGACGAGGGCUACCACGUCCGUGUUUCCGGUCAGGAUGUUGAGCGUGGCACCUUCUCUCAGCGUCAUGCUGUCCUGCACGACCAGGAGACCGAGGCCACUUACACUCCCUUGAAACACAUCAGUGAGAAGCAGGGUAGUUUCGUCAUCUCCAACUCGUCCCUGUCUGAGUUCGGUGCUCUUGGCUUCGAAUACGGUUACUCUCUGACCUCUCCCGAGGCUCUUGUCAUGUGGGAGGCCCAGUUCGGUGACUUUGCCAACAAUGCUCAGUGUAUCAUUGACCAGUUCAUCGCCUCUGGUGAAUCCAAGUGGCUGCAGCGUUCCGGUCUGGUCGUCUCUCUGCCUCACGGUUAUGACGGUCAGGGUCCUGAGCACUCUUCCGGUCGCAUGGAGCGUUGGCUCCAGCUUUGCAACGAGGAGCCUCGCGUGUUCCCCUCUGCUGACAAGUUGGACCGCCAGCACCAGGACUGCAACAUGCAGAUUGCCUACAUGACGGAGCCUUCCAACUUGUUCCACAUUCUCCGUCGCCAGAUCCACCGUCAAUUCCGCAAGCCCCUUGUGAUCUUCUUCUCCAAGGCUCUGCUGCGUCACCCCAUUGCCCGCUCCGACAUCGAGGCCUUCAGCGAUGAUUCCCACUUCAAGUGGAUCAUCCCUGACCCCGCCCACGGCACCGCCAUCGAUGCUCCCGAGGAGAUCGAGCGCGUUAUCAUGUGCUCUGGCCAGGUCUACGCUGCUUUGAUCAAGCACCGUGAGGCUAACGGCAUCCGCAACACCGCCAUCACCCGUGUUGAGCAGCUUCACCCCUUCCCUUGGGCCCAGCUGAAGGAGAACCUGGAUAGCUACCCCAACGCCAAGAACAUUGUCUGGUGCCAGGAGGAGCCCCUGAACGCCGGUCCUUGGUCGUACGCGCAGCCCCGUCUCGAGACUCUUCUGAACUCCACUGAGCACCACAACCGCCGUCACGUCAUGUACGCCGGUCGCGCGCCUUCCGCCUCUGUUGCCACUGGUACCAAGUCCGUUCACCUGAAGGAGGAGCAGGAGCUUCUCGAGGAUGCUUUCUCUGUUGCCCAAGAGCGCCUCAAGGGCGAGUAA